UGGUCUGACAUCUGAUGCUCUUGGUAUAACAAAGUUCACUCCAGUUGGUUCUCCUUUACCACGUCCAGAGGAGGUUAAUCCUGAGAAGCUAUCAUUAGCUCUAGAACCAGAAGUAGCUGCUAUAGCUGCACAGCAUUAUUCACUAGUAUCAGGGUCCCCUCCACAGAGAUAUAUGGUAGUUGAUAUAGGAGGAGGUACAGUUGAUAUUACUGUACAUGAUAAGAGUAAUGGGAGAAUUAGUGUAGUACAACCACCAAUGGGUAACACCUGGGGAGGUACUACUGUCAAUGAAGCUUUAUCAGCAAUACUGGAAGAAAUUUUAGAUGAUAAAGGUUUUGAGUCUUUCAUAAAAUCAGAAUCUAAUGCUAAAGCUAUUCUCAAUAAACUCUUCUAUGAAGACUUUGAGGAAGGGAAAAAAUCAUUUGGAGAUGCAAAAGAAGCUUCAAAAGGCAAAGCAAGUGAAUAUGGAUUACGAUCCUGAAGAUGGUUCAUUAAGCAUAGGAUACAACCUAUUAGAAGAGAAGGUAUUCAAAUCCACAGUUGAUAAGAUCAUAGAGUGUGUGAGGGCAGCAUUUGAUCAGUUAACGGAUCCUAUCGAUACAGUUUAUUUAGUAGGAGGGUUUGGAGGGUGUAGGUUUGUUAGCCGAAAGAUAACAGAAGCUAUUGGUCAGCAUUGUGGUAAUAUAGUGUGUCCUAUACAUCCAGAUCUUGCUGUUGUAGUAGGAGCAGUAAUGUGGAGGAAAGAUCCUAAUAUAAUCCAAUCACGUGCUGCUGAUGCUACCUAUGGGACAAGUGUCAAUGCUUUAUUCAACCCAUCAAUACAUGAUGAAGAUUAUGUGUUUGAGGAUGAAGAGGAUCAUGAAGCAUACUGUUCUUGUAUAUUUAAGGUAUUUGUACUCAAAGGAGAAGCGAUAAAGGAUGAAGUAUAUAAAGCUACAUUCAUACCUGGCCGUCAAGAAGACAUAGAAACUCGUAUCCCUAUAUACUGUACAACAGAUGAUGGAGUUCAGUAUGUCAGAGAUAAAGAAGGUAAACUAACAGUACGUGAGAUUGGCCAGCUAGUACUUGAUAUUCCUAAUUAUGGUAAUCUACCAAGGGAGGAGAGAGAAUACGACGUAUUCAUGGAUUUCAGUGGUACAGAGAUACAAGCAAGAGCUCAGUAUAGUAUCACUGGAGAAGAAGUGAAAACAGUUUGUGACUUUCUAUCAAAACAAGACUAAUAACACUAAUGAUAAUUGUAGUAACAAAAAUUCUACAUAGAUUUAUAUAAUACUAUAGAGUUACAUGCAAUCAUGUUAGUUUUACUUUGAUAACAACACUAAUUUACUUAA